AAAAAACUUGAGGGAAGCUUGCUGAAGGUUCAAGACAAAAUACAAAAGGCAUGUAAAACAAAGUAUGCCGCUAUCGCAAGCUUCUACCCCGCGCGAAUACAUAAACUGAAGGCCCACCCCGAUCUCUUCAUAGUCAUCAACCUUAACCUGCCUGCGAGCAUUUUCCUGGACAACUUCAGUUCAAGAUGGCGGAUUUAAUCACUUUGGCGACAUGUUCUCUCAAUCAGUGGGUGUUGGAUUGGGAGGGCAACUUGAAGAGAAUUCGCAAGAGUAUUAUUCUGGCCAAGGAAGCUGGAGCUACGCUCAGAACGGGCCCUGAGCUCGAGAUUACAGGCUAUGGUUGUCUUGACCAUUUCCUUGAGGCCGAUGUUUACGAGCAUUCCUUGGAGUCACUCCUCGCAAUCUUGACUGAUACCGAACUCCAUGGCAUUCUCAUCGACGUUGGUCUUCCUCUCAUGCACAGAGGAUGUCGAUACAACUGCCGUGCUAUUAUCUUGGAUGGAAAACUGCUCUGCCUUCGCCCCAAAAUCUAUCUUGCCAACGAUGGUAACUUCAGGGAGAACCGAUUCUUCACUCCUUGGAACAGGCCAAGAUAUGUUGAGAAGUACAACCUUCCUCCUGCUCUGCAGAAGCACCAGGGCGUUCGACAGGUUCCCAUUGGUGAUGUUGUUCUGUCCCUAAAUGAUACAACCGUCGCCGCCGAGACAUGCGAGGAGCUCUUUACCCCCCAAGCACCUCACAUUAACAUGGCUCUUAAUGGCGUCGAAAUCUUUACCAACUCCUCAGGCUCUCAUCACACGCUAAGAAAGCUUGAUGAGCGUAUCGCUCUAAUUUCUGAAGCAACUCGCAAGAGUGGUGGUGUAUACCUUUAUGCUAACCAGUCUGGCUCUGAUGGAGACAGGCUUCUCUACGAUGGUGCAUCCCUCAUCAUGGUCAAUGGCUCAAUCGUAGCUCAGGGCUCCCAGUUCAGCUUGGAUGAUGUCGAAGUUGUUACCGCAACCGUCGACCUUGAGGAAGUCCGCGCUUAUAGAUUCGCCCCAUCUCGCAACUUCCAGGCUGUGCAAGCACCUGUGUAUGAGAGAAUCGAAGUCGAUUUCAGCCUGGGCCAUGAGGAUCUUGACCUCCUUCGUGCCCCAACAGCUCCUAGGCCAGCAUGUUAUCACGUCCCCGAGGAAGAAAUUGCUCUUGGCCCGGCUUGCUGGCUUUGGGAUUACCGUACGUCUGUCCUUGUCGCUCUGGCGGUCGGAGCUUGACCUCGACAGAGCUG